AGAGAUGUCAGUCAAAUACUUGGGCUUGGUAAUGUUCCUAACAGGCAGGAUAACUCAUUAAAUGUUUCCAUAACCUCUUUUGUUUCCAUUGCACAGCUAGGGUAUUGUACCUUGUAUUCACUACAGUAUCUUCCAUCUAGGGCCAUACUGUCCAGUGAAGAGGCUGUGCUGCUAGAUUUAAACAGUCUCAAGCUAUUGCUGUGAUUGACCUUCCAUUUUCUGGCCUGAAAGACAUUUAGGGAAUGAAGAAGAGAUGGCAGUUUCUUGGGGCUCAGUGACCUAUGAAGAUGUAACUGUGAUAUUCACUCAAGCAGAGUGGGCACUAUUGAAUCCUUCAGAGAAGAAACUCUACAGAGAUGUGAUGUGUGAAAAUUUGAGGAACUUUCUUUCAAUAGAAAAGAUACAAGAACAUUCCACCAAAGGGCAGCAUAUCUUGCAUGGGAAUAAACAAAGUAAUACAACAGUAAAAAUCUCUGAGGGCAAAGAUAGUCAUAAUGCUACACUAUCUCAAGAAUGUGAAGUAUACAACAAAUUAUUCACUUAUCCUAUUCAUCUUCAAAAACACGAAAGAAUUCACAGUGGAGAGAAACCCUAUGAAUGUAAACUAUGUAUUAAAACAUUCUGUUGUUCCAGUCAUCUUUGGGCACAUGAAAGAACUCACAGUGGAGAGAAACCCUAUGAAUGUAAACAAUGUAUUAAAACAUUCAGUCAAGCUGAUCAUCUUUGGGCACAUGAAAGAACUCACAGUGGGGAGAAACCCUAUGAAUGUAAACUAUGUAUUAAAACAUUCAGUCAUUCCAGUAGUCUUCGGGCACAUGAAAGAAUUCACAGUGGAGAGAAGCCCUAUGAAUGUAAACUAUGUAGUAAAACAUUCAGGCAAUCCAAGGGUCUUCAGCAACAUGAAAGAAUUCACAGUGGAGAGAAACCCUAUGAAUGUAAACAGUGUAGUAAAACAUUCAGUUGUUCCAGUAAUCUUAAGAGACAUGAAAGAAUUCACAGUGGAGAGAAACCCUAUGAAUGUAUACAGUGUAGUAGAACAUUCAGUUGUUCCAGUAGUCUUCGGGCACAUGGAAGAAUUCACAGUGGAGAGAAACCCUAUGAAUGUAAACAGUGUAGUAAAACAUUCAGUUGUACCAGUCAUCUUCGGUCACAUGAAAGACUUCAUAGUGGAGAGAAACCCUAUGAAUGUAAACAGUGUAGUAAAACAUUCCGGCAAUCUGGAACUCUUAAGCAACAUGAAAGAAUUCACAGUGGAGACAAACCCUAUGAAUGCAAACAGUGUAGGAAAAGAUUCAGUGUUUCCAGUAGUUUUCGGGUACAUGAAAGAAUUCACAGUGGAGAGAAACCCUAUGAAUGUAAACAGUGUAGUAAAACAUUCCGGCAAUCUGGAACUCUUCAACAACAUGAAAGAAUUCACAGUGGAGAGAAGCCCUAUGAAUGUAAACAGUGUAGUGAAACAUUCAGUUCUUCCAGUAGUCUUCGGUCACAUGAAAGAAUUCACAGUGGAGAGAAACCCUAUGAAUGUAAACAGUGUGGUAAAGCAUUCAGUUGUUCAAGUAAUCUUCAGUCACAUGAAAGAAUUCACAGUGGUGAGAAACCCUAUGAAUGUAAACAAUGUAGGAAAACAUUCACUUAUUCCAGUAGUCUUCAGAGACAUGUAAGAAUUCACAGUGGUGAGAAACCCUAU